AGUAAUGCUGCUUAAAAUGUAGGCAAAAAAAAACACAUUCAAGGAAAAACAUACACACUAUGAUUGUUCUUGAUUUGUUUUAGAAAAUCUUUUAGAAAUCAGUCCAGGUGCAGAGAAGUGUGGGAAGGUGGGAGAUCACACACAAAGGUUGACAUUAGGAAAAUUCUGCUUAUAGACUUGCAUUUUACUCCCCUGUUUUUCUUACUUGAAGGGAUGCCCCAGGAUUUAUGUAGUAAAAAAAUAUGCUGCAUAUACUCUUAUUAAGUGGAAGAAAAAAGAUAAAAAAUGGAAUAUAUGACUGCAACUCCAACUGAAACUGGACAUUUUUAUACAAAGGUGGACACCUGUUACUAUAUAUCUGGACGCUUUGAAAAUGAACUGAUCAAAGAAGGGCGUGAAGCGUAAAGCAGACACCACCACUCCCACUACUCUCGGCUUCCCCGUGACCUCUGCUGCUCGGAUGGGAGGCAUGGGGAAAGGUCACGGCUCGGCCGGAGACAUGCCCCACUCGCUCUCCUCGAUGCCCGUGGACUGUUCACCCAGCAUGGUCGGGAACGAGCCCACCCACCUCCAGCCCGUCUUGGGGCGAGCGCUGUCCCGUCGCCCGAUCAAACCUCCCCGUAAGGACCUGCCUGACUCUGUGCGGCCCCAUCAGCCCUCGCGGCGGGGGAAACUUAGCAAGCAGCUUCGCUACUGCAGCGGCGUCCUUAAAGAACUGCUGUCUAAAAAACACGCGGCGUACGCCUGGCCCUUUUAUAAACCCGUAGACGCCUCAACGCUGGGCCUGCACGACUACCACGACAUCAUUAAACACCCCAUGGACCUCAGCACCAUCAAGAGGAAGAUGGAUGAGCGCGAGUACCGAGAAGCCCAGCAGUUCAGCGCUGACGUCAGGCUCAUGUUCUCCAACUGCUACAAAUACAACCCACCUGAUCAUGACGUGGUGGCCAUGGCACGAAAACUGCAGGUAGUCGAACCGCCUCUGCUGUUUUAUAUGAACAUGCGCUGA